CUGGCUUCAGUUAAUCUGUCGCUGCUUUUCUGUCCAAACAAAUGGCUCCGAAACUGAAGAUCGCCCUGCUGCAACUGGAGGGUUUUCCAACUAAGAAGGAAGCCAUCGCCAAUGCCGUCAACCAAAUUCGCACCGUGGUGAAAAGUGAGGGUGCUAAGUUGGUUAUUCUGCCGGAAUGUUGGAACUCGACUUACAGCGCCGACGAGUUUGGACGGUGGGCAGAGCAGAUUCCGGCGGGUGAAACGUCUACCGCUCUGGCCAAGGUUGCUGCGGAAUGUGACAUUUAUUUAAUCGGUGGAACAUAUCCUGAGGCCGAUGGUGGUAAACUGUACAACACCUGCCCGGUGUGGGGUCCCAAAGGGGAAUUUUUGGGCAAGUAUCGCAAAAUGCAUCUGUUCGAAAUGGACAUUCCCGGAAUCUGUACCUUCAGCGAGCCAAGUGUUCUAACCCCGGGCAGUCAAUUUUUCACGUUCGACAUCGGUGAAACCAAGGUUGGCGUUGGGAUCUGCUACGAUCAACGAUUCGCCGAAUUUGCUGCAAUCUAUCGACAGUUGGGCUGCGAUUUGCUGGUUUUUCCAUCAGCAUUUGACGAUUACACCGGUCCGAUGCACUUCGAACUGAUCGCUCAGGCACGGGCCCUGGACAACAGUAUGUUUGUGGUGCUUUGUGCGCCCGCUCGGGAUACUACCAAGGAUUACGUUGCUUACGGAUACUCAACGGUGUGUGACCCCUGGGGACGGGUCGUGUGCCACGCUAAGGAGAAACCGACCGUUUUGACUGCGGAACUCGAUUUUGGCAUGUGCGCGGAGAUACGCAAGCAGAUUCCGGUGCUGAAGCAGAAGAGACUGGAUAAGUAUGAACUUAUCAGGAAGUAAGCGAAAUAAACGGUUCAAUUUGUGUUUUUUUAUCUGUUUAAA